UUGAUGGCUAGGCUAGCUAGUAGCUAGCUCCUCAACACCGGUGAUGUUGCUCACCCGGGCUCAGGUUUUCUGACAACAAGAUGCAUGUUUGCUUGAAAUAAUGUCGACGCCGGUUUAGGGUGGUGAAUGAGGGGCGGGCUUCCCGGCUAUCCCGGUAGCACAUCUAUUCGUCUUAAUGAUAGCGGCCGCCUCCUGUAGCCAGCUAGCUGGAAGUUUGUCAUCAUCCGCCUCUUGUCAGGAGGAGGAGGAAGAGGUUUGGCUAAUUAGCUAGCUGAGACAGGGCAAGGCGGCCCGUACAUGUCUUCCUCACUAGCUCUUGCCAAAGGGAAAUCUUGCAGUUCAUGUUUCGCCAAGAAGUCAGUGUGUCGUCUUUUAUCCCGUCUUGUUCGUAUCUUUUCCAUCACGAGAAGAGGAAUAUGUCCAGGUACAACAUAUACAGCCUGUUAGACUGGGUCUACGGCGGGGUGGACCCGAAGUUUGAAGGCAACGGGGGUCCAGAAUGUGCCGCCUUCCUUGCGCCCCAGCAGCGUAUCAGUGAAAGUCUUGUGGUUCUGCUCAUCUCCAUAGUGGAGAUUAGCGUGGCGUUGAAGAAAAUAAACAUCCACAAAGAGCUCAAAGUAGUGAGUAAAGAGUGCACAAGGUCAAAAGAGGAUAGUCUCGGCAAGAACCUGUUGCUAGUAGCACUAUGCAUGACUUUUGGAGUGGAGGUGGGCUUCAAAUUCGCAACCAAGACUGUGAUCUAUCUGCUGAAUCCAUGCCAUGUGGUGACCAUGAUCCAGAUCUUUCUGCUGGCCUGUCCGCCUUGUAAAACUGCAAUGGUUCUGUUUAGGCUGCAAGUCCAUAUGUUGAAUGGCGCACUCUUGGCUUUAAUGUUCCCAGUGGUCAACACUAGACUGCUGCCAUUUGAAAAGGAGAUUUACUACAUUCAGCACUCCAUGCUGUAUCUGGUGCCACUUUACCUUUUCAGGAAAGGAGGUGUGUACAAGCCUGAGCCCCUGGGGGACAUCUGGUGGGCGCUGCUCUCCACAGGCAUCCUUUUCCUCUAUCACUUCCUCUUCUUACAAGUUCUUGGCCUGGUGACUGAGGUAAAUCUCAACAACAUGCUGUGCCCGGCCGUGUCAGAUCCCUUUUACGGACCUUGGUACCGCGUGUGGGCGGCGGGCCACCAGACCCUCUUGACGCUAAUCCACGGGAAGGUUCUGACAAUGCUCUCGCAACACACCGUUCCUCUUUGCAAACACCUGUUGGAUACACUCCGACUGCGCAGCAAGAAAGUCGAUUGAACCGCCGAUACACACAAGCCUUUCACUCUCAAUGCCUUUUAAGUUGCUUUUAUUUACCGUUUUAGUACGUUUUUUUACUGUUUGUUCUACUGUAUACGAUCCUUCGUGUCGUCUUUAUUCAUGUCUGCCUGUAUACGUACACUUAUUUGCACACACAAAGCUAUGAGGGUAUUUAUUUUAGGGCUGAUCUUCGGGUGUGUGGUGGUACUCGCUCUGCUUGAUAUGUAGAUCAUUUUCCAAAAAUAUGCAGGAAAUCAAGUCAUUUUUUUAAAUGAUGCCUUUCUUUUUUUUUGCCCACCACUGAUCUGCUGCGUUCAUUCUUCAUGUGGUAAAGGUGCAAGGUCAUAUGUUAGUGAGUGUAUCUACCAUUAUUUUGUAUCAAGUGUGUUUUUUUUUUUUAUGCACUGUAAAUGUGAAUUUAAGCGUGUCGUCAUAAUUGAUGAGAGCACGUUCAUGUUGAAACGUUCAAAGGGAAAAAUACUUAAAUGUCCAUGUACAUUUUUUCUCCUUCACACAGCCAUCCAGUUUAUUUGUGCAAUGUGAUGAGGGAUUGACAGCAUUAAGCGUCCGAUCCAUUUGAAGUGGGAGGGUGGCAGCGAAUGAACGUAUAGUUGUAUGAAAAAGUAUCUGAACCUUUUGGAACUUAUCAUAUUUCUACAUAAAAUCAACAUCAAAUGUGAUCUGAUCUUUGUCAAAAUCACACAGAUGUAAAAACAAUGUCUGCUUUAACUAAAACUACCCAAACAUUUAUAGGUUUUCAUAUUUUAAUAAGGAUAGCAUGCAAACAAUGACAGAAGGGGGGACAAUAAGUAAGUGAACCCUCUGCCUAAGGAGACUUAAAGAGCAUCUGAAACCAAUUUUUACCAAACAUUUUAAGUCAGGUGUGUGCCCAAUCACUGAUGAGUGGCUUGAAGCUGCACCGCCCCCCCUAUAAAACGCACACCCGGUAAGAAUUGUCUUGAUGAGAAGCAUUGUCUGAUGUGCAUCAUGGCUCGGUCAAAAGAGCUGUCUGAAGACCUGCAGUCAAGGAUUGUUGAUUUGUAUAAAGCUGGGAUAGGAUUCAAAACCAUCUCUACAAGUCUGGAUGUUCAUCAAUUGAGUCAGAGAAGUUGUCUACAAAUUGAGAGAGUUUGGCACUAUUGCUUCUCUCCAAAGGAGUGGCCGUCCACCAAAGAUGAUGCCAAGAGUUCAGCGCAGAACACUAAGGUAAAAAAGAACCCUAGAGCAGGGGUUCCCAACCUAUUCCACUAAGGCACACUGUGGGUGCAGGAUUUCAUUCUUACCAAACAAGAUGACAACACUUUUUCCCCAAUCUGGUGUUUUACAAGUGCAAUCAGUUGAUUGCAGUCAGGUGUGGCUUGUUUUAGCAGAAGCCUCAUUGGUUCAACUGUCUCUGCUGGAUCGGCUGGAACAAAAACCAGGACCCACAGUGUGCCUUGAGGACUGGGUUGAAAACCCCUGCCCUAGAGUGUCUGCUAAAGACUUACAGAAAUCACUGGCAGAGUCCAAUAUCUCUGUGCACACAUCAACUACAUGUAAAACUAUGGCCAAGAAUGGUGUUCAUGGGAGGACUGCACGGAGGAGCCACUGGAGUCUUUAAAAACAAAAAAACAAAAACAUUGUUGCUCAUUUAAUGUUCACAAAAAGGCACUCCACAGACGUUUUGGCAAAAUACUUUGUGGACUGAUGAAACCAAAAUUGAAUUGCGGAGGAAAAAUGAAACAUCUCACCAACAUCAACACCUCACCCCUACCGUGAAGAAUGGUGGAGGGAGCAUCAUGAUUUGGGGCUGUUUUUCUGCCUCAGGGCCUUUACAACUUGCAAUCAUUAAUGGAAGAAUGAAUUCAUCAGUUUAUCAGGAUGUUUUGCCGGAAAACCCGAGGCCGGCUGUGAGACAGUUGAAGCUAAAAAGAUGGAUGCUGCAAAAAGACAAUGAUCCAAAACACAGAAGUAAAUCAACUUCAGAAUGGUUUCAAAACAACAAAAUACACUUUCUGGAGUGGCCAAGUCAAAGCCCAGACUUGAACCCCAUUGACAUUCUGUGGCAUGACCUAAAGACAGCGAUUCAUGCCAGACAUCCCAGGAAUCAGACUGAACUACAGCAGAUUUGUCAGGAAGAAUGGGCCAAGAUUAGUCCUGAUCAAUGUGCCGGACUGAUCUGCAGCUACAGGAAGCGUCUGUUUGAAGUUGUUGCUGUCGAAGAGGGGGCACAAAAUAUUAAAUGUGAUGAUUGACUUACUUACUUUUCCCCUUCUGUCAUUGUUUGCAUACUAUCCUUUUUAAAAUAUGAAAACCUAUGUUUGGGUGGUUUUAGUUAAACCAGAAACUGUUUUUUCAUCUGUGUGAUUUUGACAAAGAUCACAUUUGAUAGUGAUUUUAUGCAGAAACGUGAGAAAUUCCAAAAGGUUCAGAUACUUUUUCCAUACCACUGUACGUUCAUUCGCUGCCACCCUCCCACUUCAAAUGGAUUGGACGUCUACUUGCGAGAAACGUUUUGUCAUUUUGGGUCAUUUACACAUUGAAAAGAAAGUAUUAAUAUUUUAUCGGUUAUGUUACUUAUCAUUUCAAGCGUCCGUGUGGGACGCAUCAUUGUAGCAUAUUACACAGUACAUGUAUACUGUACUUCAAUGUAAAAAGGGAUGUUUUUCUACUAUUGAGGGAUUACGUGUAGUUUUUAAUUAAAGUUAUUUCAGUUGAACAUUGUCUUUGUGCAUGUCUUCGCUGCUUUAAAGUCCAGGUCUGCUAUUAUAUGCGUUAUUGUUCGAGAGGUUCCGUUUUACGCCAAAAUGUUGACGUAGAUUUAACAAUAUUGGUGUGCUCAAUCAAAAUAAAAAUCAAUGAAUACAAGG